AUGAAGUGCAUCCCUAAAACUGUUGACUUUCUCUCCUUUGAAGAGUCCCUGGGAUCAACACUAACUGGGCUGGCAAUGUCUGCAUCCUGUUUUACUGUAUAUGUCAUCUGCAUUUUCAUAAAAUACCAUACAUCUCCAAUUGUCAGGGCUAAUAAUCGUGAACUAAGCUUCAUUCUUCUUAUAGCUCUCACACUGUGCUUUCUUUGCUCACUUUUAUUCAUUGGACGGCCCAUGAAGUUCAGUUGUCUCCUUCGGCAGCCUGCAUUUGGUGUCAUAUUCUCCAUCUGCAUCUCCACUAUCCUGGCAAAAACCAUAGUUGUAGUCAUUGCCUUCAAUGCUUCCAAGCCAUCUAGUAGUUUGCGGAAGUGGGUGGGAUCUCGAUGGAUAUCUAUUUCCAUAAUUUUAUUUGGUUGCUUUGUACAGCUUGUUAUAUGUACAGCUUGGCUGGUUGUUGCCACUCCAUUCCCACAGAAUAAUAUGCUGUCUGACACUGGGAAAAUAAUAAUUGAAUGCAAUGAAGGUUCAGUCAUUAUAUUUUACUGUAUGUUGGGUUAUCUUGGCCUGCUGUCCACUAUAUGCUUUCUGGUGGCUUUUCUAGUAAGGAAUUUGCCUGAUCAAUUCAAUGAAGCAAAACACAUUACCUUCAGCAUGCUUGUUUUUAUUUGUGUCUGGCUAUCAUUUAUCCCAGCUUACCUGAGCACUAAGGGGAAAUAUACUGUUGCUGUGGAAAUUUUUAGUAUCCUGGCAUCUACUGCUGGCCUGUUCAGUUGCAUAUUUAUUCCCAAGGUUUAUAUCAUAGUGUGGAGGCCUGAUUUGAACACACGAGAAAAAUUAAUACAAAGAUAA